AGUGCCAUUGUUGCCCUGUACUUGCUCGCCACCUUUCCAAUCACAUCUUCUGUCUUUAGGCUGUGUCUGUAACAGAAAUCUGCCAAGAUGUCUCAGCUGGAAACUGCAAUGGCCAUGAUCAUCAAGGUGUUUGACCAGUACUCCGGAGCGGAAGGCAAUAACCAAACUCUCACCAAAGGAGAACUCAAGACUCUAAUGGAUGCUGAGCUACCAAACUUUCUCAAGAGUAUUAAUGACAAAAAUGCAGUAGACAAGAUCUUGAAAGACUUAGACGACAAUGGAGACUCAGAAGUGGACUUCAAGGAAUUCAUCAUCUUUGUAGCAGCUUUGACAUGCGCCUGCCACAACUACUUUUCCCAGAAGGGUUCUGGAAAGUAAAUCUGGUGGUCCAAAUCAGCUGAAAGAUGCCUUUUUUCAAACUGACAUUCCAGAGAGCACUGAAUGACUGUCAUAUGUAUUGUUUACGGCUCUUUAUUGUAAAACCAAACUCCUUUCACUGUGCCUGAAAUUCUAAGGAUCAAAAUGUAUUUUUAAAAAUAAAUCAUGCAGUUUGCUUUUUAAAAUAUAA